UGUCAGCCUCGGCCAUCCCCGGAGCUCGGUCACAGCGCAGCGGCCGACACGAGCAGCAGCAUGGAGCAGCCGCCGCCUCGUUCACGUAAGGUACGGCCAGUGCCGCCUCCACCACCCCGCCAUCUUGCCGACAUGGAGCAGAGGCCUUCCGGAUCUCAUGGAGGCACCUCCGGCGGCGUGCGCCCUCCACUGCCAAUGGCGGGUACCCGGCGAAGACCCGUCGUCGAACCUUCUUCGCGCCGGUCCCUACUGUCAAUCCUUCCAACUCCGGCCUUCCUCGUCGCCAAGAAGUGCCCAACUCUGGCUUUCCUCGUCGCCAAGAAGUGCCCAACUCCGUCCUGCCUCGCCGCCAAGAACUGCUCUAUCCUGGUGAUGCUCCUCGACACAACCCUCUCACGGCGACCUUCAAAGAACCUGCUUCACCACCACUCGGUGCCACCACCUGCUGGGACACCCGCAGCACGUCAUCAUCCCCAGCAGUGAUGGAAUACGAUGCCGCCGGCACCUCGGAGCCGAUCUUUGAUUCGACACUGGACUGCUCGGCAGAUGAUCCAAGGGGCUCAAAUUCACAUUACUACACAGAUCUAAUGACCCAGGAUGUGGAUGGCGAUUUGGAACUUUCGAUGCAGCCAGAUGCCACUCCAAGUAGUGGUGGGAAAGGAGCAUCCAAGCGGGGCAGCAACUACAGUCAAGAAGAAGAUAUCCAGCUUUGCAAGUCUUGGAUCAGUAUCAGCAAUGACGCUAUCGUUGGGACUGACCAGUCAAGCGAAACGUACUGGGAGAGGAUCACCGCACAUUUCCACAACUUCAGGAGCUUCCACUCCGAUCGGACUGCUAAUUCUCUCGAGCAUCGCUGCGGGGUCAUAAUAAAGGAGUGCAUGAGAUUCCAAUCGUACUAUGAGGAAGUUGAGCGGCGUCACCCAAGCGGCGUGCCUUAUCAAGAACAUGUAGUUACUCGUACAUUUGUUCUUUCAUUUAGUUCUUUGUUAUUGGUACAUAUAACUAACCAUCCCUUGAUCUUUGUUUCAGAUCUUGGAAGCACAAGUAAGAUAUGUCAAAGCUUCCCAGGAAAAAAAGCUUCACAUUCUUCCAUUGCUGGCUCGAGGUGA